CCUUCUGCAACAUCUAGCGACAAUAACACGAUCGAUGAGGACUGUCUGAACCUGAACAUAUGGAGCCCUCCCCCCCCUCUCCUUCCAAUUAUACCGGUGCAAAGCUUCCUGUCAUUAUGUGGAGUUAUCCGGCCAUGUCGACUGUGGCAGAUACGCUGUUCGACAGGGGGUGGUAUGGUGGAUCAGGGCAUCGUCUUCGUCAACCUAUAACUACUGCACUGGUCCAUUGGCUGGCUCUCUCACCCCGAGUUGUCUGCUGAAUUCAAGAAGGUGGCGGGCUCAAACAAUUCAGGUAACUGGGGCAUGCUGGACCAAUUUGCGGCCUGAAGUGGAUUCAUGACAACAUCGAUGCCUUCGGCGGAAAUCCGUCUCGUAUCACCGCCAUGGGCCAGUCAGCUGGCUCUGCUGCCGCACAACAUAUUCUCGACAGUAACCUGACCAGGGGACUCAUUACUGGGACUGUCAUUGAGAGUGGUGUCCGGGAUCCUGGCGAUCCACUGUGCACGAGUCUGGCUGAGGCCUACACCACGCUGGGUUGGAACAUACUUCUGGUUUCAACUCUGGACCACCGCGCGUUCGUCCCCGGUCAACAAUUACUUCCGGGACCAUGCUCCUCCGGUGCAAUCCUCCGGUGCUGCACAUGAGUCUUGAGGCCAGCUAUGUGUUGAAUAAUCUAUAUGCCACCAAUAAGCCUUGGGCCAGGGAUGACUGUUAUUUCUAGGAAGAUGAACGGGUACUGGGCGAAUUCCAUCAAAGUGAGAAAUCCUAACGGCGGCGGGCUCGUUGAAUAGUCAACUGUUAACUCGUCUAAACUUGUUCAGCAUGUGGGUAACGGAUGGGGCCAGGUGCCUGUUGCCUCCAAGCAGAAGGCGAACCUUUUUGAGUCUGGGUUCGACACUUUGGAGAAACAUUAGCCUAAUAAUAUCCUCCAAUGCCUUGAUGAUGUGCAAAUGCACAGGACCGUUAAGAAUAUAUAGCAUGCUUUCAUUCUUAAAUAUACACUUCUUCG